AACAUCCGGGUGCUUUUUGGAAAAUUGGCGGUUGUCGUUGAUGUCCAGUUGAUGCUUUUUACUAAAGUUCGUGAAAUACGAUUAACAGAUGUGAAGUCACCUGAAAUGUAACUAAACUAAUCUUUGUCACACAUGUAACCCUAUCCUGCUGGUGCGUGUACAUCGGAAGGUCGUUUUUUAAAUGUUUGAGGACAACUAAAACCAAGUUUGUAGGCUAAGUUAGCUAGCCUACAGUCAACUUUGUAGCUAGCAUUUCUAGCUAGCUGGAGAACACCACAGGCUGCUUCAACACUGAAGAUAUCUGAGAACCGGACACACUGCGUUUAACUUCAGAAUCAUGGCGAACCCGCUAUUGUUGCAGAGAAAGAAUGGCAAAUACCUCUGGUUUUCUCUUCUCGGGCUGGGUUUCCAACCAGAGACUGAGAUGUCUGUCGCCGGUAAAACCAACAUCAACGUGAAACACAUCAACCUGGGACCGAAUAUGUUCGACAAACCAAACAAAGAUGCCUUCUACAUCGUGACACAUUUCCUGUUGUUGAAGCUCAACCCAACACGGUUCAGUGAGGCAUAUAGGCACUGCUGGCCGGUUUUAAAUCACAAAGCAGAUGCUGAAUUUCGCAAAGUUACCUGUGCUUGGCUGAGAGAAAUUAUGGAUGAAACUGCAAAUGCAGGAUCCAAAGUUGUAGCAUCCUUGUUCCUCUCGCCUGGAGGACCCAAGUUCGUCAGCUUGAUGCUUCAUUUGGCCAAUCAUGUCAUGCUGCAGGAAAUGAAAACAUUCACUACAGGUGACAGCUGGGUCCCUGAGGCUGCGGCUUUGCCCUCUUCUUCCCUCGACAUGGCCGUGAAGCGACUCAACCCGAUCCAUUCAAAGUUUUUGAAAGCUGCAGUAGACCAGGAUCGUUUUCUUCAUGAGUACCAAAGACGCGCUCAGAUUCUAGUAAAAUCAGAGAGGGACGCCAGGGAACAGGGAGCCAGAUAUGAUGAGCUUCUCAAACGUUUCAGCAGCAUUUCUCCGCAAGAGGGAACAUCUGCAGAGGAGAAGACCAAAAGGGUGCGUUCCUUGUGGUCAACAAUUGAUGAAAUGCUGUCAACCAUCAGCGAGGAGCAGCAGGCAGUGGAAAGUGUUUUGAAGGGGGAAGUAGACCAAUACAUCCUGGAUGGAACGAAUAGAGUCCUCAAAAUACCCCGGACUCUGCUGGAGAGAGUUGAACAGCUCCCAAACCAGUUGAGUUCAGGGAACGUGUACGAGUCGGGCCAGCUGAACCUCCUGUGUGUGCUGGAGCUCUUGAACCAUUCACUACAGCUCCUGAGGGAGGAGCGCAGUCGGGUCUCUCAGGCCCCCAAACCACAUCUCGACCCUGAGCACCUGCAGGAAAAGUGUCAGCAGAUGGCUCGUGCGCUGCAGGACCUCCACCUCAUCAGGCAGAAGAUUUCAAAGGAAGGGAUUCCUGAGGUCAGGAGUACCAUCAGAGAGUUGGAGGCCGAGUGGGACAGGAGGUGGAUCGAUACCCUGAAAGACAUACCCUUAGUCUCUUUUCUGAAUGAAGAUCCUGCUCUGGGCUUCCUCUCACCAAUGGCUCCACUGUCUUUUGAACCAGCUGCUGAUACCUCUUACCGAGGCAGUGUCUUCUCCCAGUUUCCUGCAUCGCUUCUUGAAGAGAAGCCUGCUGAGAGUGAAGGCCUCCAACUGAGUUCUUCUACCCUAAUGAGCUCUCACCCUGCAACAGCUGAAAGGACCAAAAGUCCUGUUGUUACUACCGUAGCAUCAUCACAAGCCAAUACCUCUCUGGACUGGCUGUUUGACACACCUCCAGCUCCGCCUGUGAUGACUCCAUCAGUACCACCACCUCAGGCCAGUGUGAGGAAAACAGCCCAUGUUCGUCCAAAGGCUUCUCCCACGAAGUGCAAGAGUGAAAUACUAAAUAUGGAGUGUGAUAAUCUCGCUGAUCAGUUUGCAGAUGCAAUUGCUACAACCAGUCCCACGGACGGCAGAGUCAAAGGUCUGGACUUGGAGGGCCUUCUGAGCACUCUUCAUGGAGAUCCUUUCUCUACCAGGAAGCAGCUGCACCGAACACCUGAGAGCCUCAUCAUGGAUGUCAAGAGCUCCUGGCGUAAGGCACUGGAGGAAGAUGAAGCUGAGAAAAAGCGUCGAUCAGUCAAAUUUGACGACACCAUACUGGGCCGGUUAACUCCCCUUGAGGAGCCUAGCAGUUUCUUUCUGAGCCCAGCUUCUCCCUCCAAGAGUGCACCCUGCAGUAUCAAACUGAAGGCCACAACUCACAGCAGCCCCCCUGUCGACCAACAGGAGGUCAAAUCCACUCUCCUGUGGGACACCUUUAACACUGAGGCCUUCGACACUCCGAGUGGUACGGGCAGCAGUGCAGUCCAGUUCAGCCUCGAGCACGAGACUCUCCCUGAAUUGCCGAGCUGUGACAGCUUGCUGAGCCUCGACGACGAUGACGAAGCUCUUGAUAUGAAGAGCGAGGAUGAAGAAGACUUCUCAAUCCCCGCCCUGAAAUGUGAGGGGAAGCGUUCGCCUCUAAAAGCGCUGCAUCACCUGAGUCAGUUACAGCAGGCAGGUGAUGAUGGCUCCUUCAUGGAAAGCUGGAAGAGGACUCCUGAGUGUCUUCUGACGGGCCAUGCAGUCCCCUCCUUUGACAAAGACUGGUCGAUGGAGCCUGCAAAGUCAAAGGAAGCCACGGACAGGGUUUUCUCUUUGGACUUGGACACACUUGAAACACCCUCACCCCCUAAAAAGCAGGAGUACAGCCUCCCAAAACUGAUCACCUUCUCCCCAAUAGAUGACAUGAAGUGCUGAAUACAUUCAAAUAGAAACUCCUUUUCUGUCUUAACUGUCUUCUAACUUUUUUUCAGGUUAUGUAACAAAUAUUUGCACAUCACUAUAAAAUUAUCUACUUUCACAAACAUGUACAUAUGUUAUCUGACCGUAAACAUGUUGCUGUUUUAAUUUUAAAAAGUCAUGAACUGCUAAAUAAAAUUGUAAAAAGGGCCAUUAUAUUUGACUUGUACAGUAUUGUUUGCUAACUUCAUAAUAGUUUGCCUGUAUGAAAAUGUGAAGUUCAGAAGCUUCUUUUACAUUAAAAUGUUAUAGGUGGAGUCCACUGUUUCUAACAAGAGCUUGUGUACUCCUCGCCAACAUUUACAUUGCAUGAUCAUGCCGCUUUAACAUUUGAGAAUGAAGAUUAAAAGCAAACACCUGUGGUAAGAUUUA